UUCAACGUCUCCGCGGCGCGCUGUCUUUCAUUCAGUGACGUGGAUUUUCAUUUGCGGCAGUCGGUGCUUCCAAAAACACAGACUUUCCAACGUCUCUGCUCUUUUCAACUAACUUUCUUCACAUUUAGAAAUUGUGACCACUCAUUUUAUUUCAUUUGUUUGUCCCACUUCAACGCAGUCUUGUCACAGCUUUCAUAACAGACUCCAGAAUGAGUAAAAACAGCAAAGUGUUGAACCUGAAGGAUAAAAUCAGUGGUAAUGAAGUGGACCUGAGUCUGUGUAACCUCACCGAGGUGCCAGUCAGAGAGCUGGCUUUAUUCACCAAAGCAACUGUGGUGGACUUGUCUUGCAACAACAUUACCUCCCUUCCUCCAGAGUUCUGCAACCUUACCCACCUAGUGAAGGUGGAUCUGAGUAAAAACCAGCUGACCUGUCUGCCAGAAGACGUGGGUAACCUGGUCAACCUUCAACAUCUGGACCUGUACAACAACAAACUGACUAUCCUGCCUGUCAGCUUCUCUCAGCUCAGGAGUCUGAAGUGGUUGGAUCUGAAGGAUAACCCUCUGGAGGCUGGCCUGGCCAAGGCAGCAGGAGACUGUCUGGAUGAGAAGCAGUGCAAAACGUGUGCCUCCAAGGUUCUGGAGCACAUGAAUGGUCUUCAGGAUGAGGUUGAUCGUGCACGAGAGAAACGCCUUUUGAGGGAAAAAGAGCUGGAGAGGAAGAGGGAGGUGAAGCAGAGGGAGCGGGAGGCCAGAGACAAGGAGGCUCGUAAACAGGAGAAGGCGGAGGAGAAGGAGAAGAGGAGGAGAGAGUACAACGCUCAGAUGGCGGCUCUAGCUGCACGGGAACAACAGAAGAAGAAGAGCGAGGAAAAGAAGAAAAAGAACGGACAGGCAGCAGCAGAUAAAAAGGCUGUUGUGGAAUUGGCGCCUAAACCUCGACGUUCUCUCAUUGGCCUGAUGUUCAAGCUCCUCCUCCUGCUAUUACUAGGAUUGGCCGGCGUCGCCGCCACCUGCCACCUGACCGACCUGCGGAAGGAAACCGCGUGUGUGCCGGUCAACAUCUUCGUGGAUGACAGCCUAUCCUGGGCCAAGGAGCAGGAGGGCGUGGUCAGACAACUUGUGCAAAAUCUGUCUUCCGCAGCAAAGGAGUUUCUUGAAUCCACACAAACAUCUAAGAACUAACUCACCAUCAACUUCCAGAGCUGCGGGUUUUCGACUCCAACUGGGAUUUUUUUUUUUUUAUAUAUAGAUAUAUGCUGAAAUCAUGAAUAUCGUUAAGAUGAGCAGCCCUUCAUCCCCUCACCCUGUUUGUGGUGCUGGGAAGUGAAGAGUUUGUGCAAAUGAACAAAGUGGGGUGGACAGAUGUUUUAAAAUCAUCUUAGAUUCCUAUGGAAUUGUUGCUUGUGUACUCUCUUUGUACUACAGCCUGUUUUAAAAAAAAUCAUCCUAAAUGUCUCAAUGGACCAUGUUUUGUACUUAAAACCAGGUUUGCGUUUCAGUGCAUUACAUGGAGCGUGGGGUGUAUUUAAGAGAUGUUCAGUGACAUGUCAGGUGGCCCUGUCUGUGCUACACUGGACUGUCGGACCUGUGCAUAAGCCGGUGUUAGACGUGGCAGUCUGAGCAUGUGCAGUGAAGUGUCUUUAUAAUCUUACAUCAGUCAAACCAGCUCAAUCUCACAGCUAAUACACAAUUACUGGCAUGCAAACUAGAGCCCAACUGAUAUGAGUGGAUUUUUAUAAUAUCAGAUAACAGUAUAAGGCGUACAAAUUGGCUAGCUCAACACAGUACAGAAAUGCCAAAGAUAUGUUUGUGGUUAUUAAAAAAUGUGUCAUUGCAUAGUUUUUCCAGCAGAGAUCAAAUUACCCCCCUCCUUGUAAUGAUUUAAGCGAUUUAAAAAUUUAAUUAUUCAUUAUUUUUCUGUCGAUCGAUUGACUAAUCAUUUCAGCUUUAAUUUAUGUUAUGUUAAAAAACAAAACAAAUAUAUCAAUAAAGAUAUAUCUAUAUGGGCCUCAAAAAUCCGGUAUCAGUCAGGCUCUAAUGUACACCCUUCCCAGUGCACAAACUAUAUUAAAAAUGCCACACCAACAAUUUUGCUUGUGUUACCCCUUUUGCUAGUAAUCCGGUCUAUGUCACAGAUAUGCAUUUUGAAAAUGAUGCUGUUGUGUUUUAGACAUUUGGAAGUAUUAAACCUACUGUUACUACAUUCAUUGAUUUCCAUUACACAUCUUAAAAGUCAAAGUCAAAUUACUUUAACGAGAGAUUUCAACUGAAAUCUGCACUUAAACGGCAUAACCACACAAAAAUACUAGAACUUCAACAAAAAUAUAUCUAGACUUGAGGUUCACUGUGAUGGAUAGAUUAAAGACCUGUACCAAGUUUCAAAAGAAUUGAUUGAAAUACUGCCCGGGCAAAAUGGAAACAAGUGACUGCAUGGAAGGUAGGAAUUGUAAAGAAAAACUGCAGCAACAUUUGCAAAAGGAUUAUCUGUACUACGUUGUUGUUAAGGGGAUAAUGCUUGUAAAAACAGUGAUAUGGUCCUUUAUGGUAGUUACAGUAUUUAACUUCACUGUAGCUCAGAAUUCCCAAAUCAUCUGGUAUAAUAAGGACCAAGAGUUGAUAUUAAUCUAAAAGUCCAAAAUCUCAAAUGACAUUCAUCUUGUAAUCUGUUAACUAAAAAAAAUAAAAGGGUUCUUUACAUUUA